GCUCACCGGUGGCCAAAAUCACACAGUUGGACAAAAAUAUCAGCCACUAACGAGAUAUUUACUUUAGCAAAUCAAAUUACGACCACAUGGGGCAUUUUCGUCAUUUGGUCCUCUUUUAUAAACUCCAGAACUCGUGGCCAUGACGAACCGGAACCAAAAUUACCCGUCAAUUCACAACAUUCAGACCACUCCUUUUGUUCGAAAUUUCUCCUCUGCCGGUUCUCAACUCUACUGCGGCGGUUCAUGGCGGGCGCGUGCUCUCCUGUCGCUCGUCGCGUGUUCGGUUCCACUGUCAUCGAGCUGUCCAGCAGCAGCUCCCGCACCGGAGCUUCAUUUCCGGUCCGGAUCUCCACAAGGAGCUAUGGCUUAUCCGCCUUUGAAGAGAGAGAGGCACCUCAAGGACCUUCCUGUAUUUUCGUCGGACCUAUUGAAACAGCUAGCAAAGAAACCUUAGAAGCUCUCUACCGUCAGGCACGUGAUGCGUAUUACAGUGGGACACCUUUAAUAAUUGAUGAUAUGUUUGACAGAGUAGAGUUAAAGUUGCGGUGGUAUGGUUCAAAGCAUGUCGUCAAGUACCCGCGUUGUAGUCUCAGGCGGCACUCAACUUAUGCUGAUGCAGAGGAAGAUCCAUCACAGGUGUUUGCAUUAGCAAGCGUAUGGUUGUUGAUUCUUGGGUUUGGGAGUUCAUUCUGGAUUGUGCCUAUAAUCUACACCAUCGCUCAAGCUUAUCAAGACAUGUUUGAUUCAGGAAUGUCCUACACCUAUCAAUCUUUUGAGUUGUUUACAGUGCUCAACGGAAUCCUUUUCAUGGUGUUGGGAUCUAUCAUAGGCUUUCCAAUUGCUUCAGCCUCUGUUGGAGCACUUCAAGGACUUUGGAAAAAUGACUUGGUCGCUCUGAAAGGGGCAUGCCCAAACUGUGGUGAGGAGGUGUUUGCUUUCGUGAAAUCAGAGAAGUCCAACCGUUCCCCACAUAGAGCUGAUUGUCAUGUUUGUGGUAGCAAACUAGAAUUUCAGACCAAGGUUGAGCAAUCCAUCUCAAGACCUGGCAGACGUUGGGUUUAUGGUCGCGUUUACUUAAUUAGACAGAGGCAACGAUGGGCAUGACGAUGAUGUUAAUUUCAUUCCCCUCUGUUAAUCCUGAAGGUCACGAAGCGUUAUGUACAGCAAGAUCUUCUCAUUUACCGUCUCAAAUCCAAGUCAGCGCCACAUCUCAUAUCAUGAAAACACAAACUAGUGUAAUAGAAAAAUUCUGCCCAUAUAUCUGGAAACGUUAAUGUAUUUGUUCGUGCUUGAGAAAAUAUAGUGAACAGAUUUUAUUUUA